AUGGCCCACAUACAGUCCGACGGGACAAAGAAUCCUUCUUUUGUCCUCAAAAGAGUCGACGAGCUCGUCUACGAGAAUCGACCCAAGCCUUUGAUCCAACAUGAACAUGAUGUGCUGCUGGAAGUCAACUACACAGGAAUCUGCGGCUCAGAAAUUCACUACUGGACUCGAGGCCAGAUUGGGCCCUUUAUCGUCCGCGAGCCAAUGGUACUAGUUCACGAAUCUUCUGGCACUGUCGUCAAAGUCGGAACAGAAGUCACUAAUCUAAAGAUAGGCGAUCGAGUAGCCAUGGAGCCAGGCAUACCAUGUAGACGCUGCUCGGCUUGCAAGAACGGAACAUACAAUCUCUACAAGAAAAUGGCAUUCGCUGCUAUACCCCCUUACGAUGGCACUCUCGCUUAUGUUAUAGUCUUUAGAGCUAGUCCGAUUAGUCUUCUUUGCUAUACUAUAGCUCGGGCUUAUAGUAAGAGCAGGUUAGAUUUCGCGCGAAGCUUUACGGCUUCUAUAACGUUUAAGUACUCUAGAGGUAUAGCUAUAGAGAGCGCACAGAAAUUGAUGCAAGAAAAUGACCUUAGUAAUGGCGUAGAUGUUGCUAUCGAUGCUAGUUCGUUUAGGUACAGACUAAAGGACUAUAAGACUGCUCUAGGAAUAGUAGCGACUAGUGCUAUUAAUGUUAAGAGAUUAAUUAUGAAGACAGUCCUAUUUAAGGACGCUAAAUAA